AUGAUAGAUGAACCGAACUCGCCACAAUGGACUCAGGCUGCCCACCCUGGUCGAACUAUCUCGAUAGCCGUCGUCUGCGCCUUUGGCCACUGGGCUGUCGUUCUAGCCGCUCUCGGCGCCUUGUACAUGCGUCCUCUGAGAGUUGAAGGCAUCGAUCAAAGGAUUGUCGGCGCUCCCGCGGGCUUGACGGUCGGUGCUGCCACCUUGACCAUUACCUUUGUCGCCUCUCUGUUGGCCUUUCUGCUCAAUUACGGCGCCAAGAGCGCCCUCCAGUUGCAUUUUGCCCUCCGGCUGCAGCGCAAUAAUGGGAUCCGCAAGAAUGAAGCGGACGCCGCGUGGACAUCACUCAACGGCUCCUUCUUCUGCAGGCCUAACAAGUACACGCCGGUUCUCGUCAACGCUAUCGUCGGUGGCGCCAUCAUCGCCAGCCAGUUCUCCGUCUUCACAUCCUCGACGACCACGCAACGCCCACUCAACGUCACGGGCGUCAACCUGGACCAGCUCGAGGUGACCGGGUUGUCCGGCUCCGAGGACAUGGUUUGGCCCUACUAUAGCCAGAAUGAAGUAUUUGGAGUGGACACGGGCGGACAGGACCCGAGCUUCCACUACUUUUACACGGCCAUGCAGAACUCCAACAUCAACUUAUACAGCGCCGCCAACACCAGCGCCGACGCCUCCUUCUCCGCCCUCGGCCGGAUCUCCAACUCCCUCGUGAGACCUGCCGAGAACCACGCCGACCCGACUCAGGGCGGACUCGUGUACCAGCAUCGCACCGCAUUUGGCGCCACGGCCGACGUCGUAAAAACGUCCACCUUUGCGGGGCAGUCGGAUGCUGACGAUGUCGUCACCACUUGCGGGCAGGUCUUUACGAAGGACGCUGUCGAGUGCAAGUGGUACACGGCCGAUACUGGUGUUAUUACAGAUUUCGGUAUCUAUAACUCCGGAUUAAACGGUGGUUAUUUCUCCUUCCACGACCCGGAUCUCGAAUUAAGGGGCCGAGAUCUUAAUAUCUCCGACGCUCGAAUGACAGCCUCUUACUUAGAGGAACUUGACGACAGCAGCUAUGUCGUCGUCUUUGCCUCCAUGUUUAGCGGUGACAUGGCCAUUGCGGUCGGCAACAAUCCAUCCGCUUAUCCCGGGUUUGAGGUUUUGGGAGCCUCAUUCGCCUUAGUUUCGGGUAGAUGUGUUAUUCAGGAGAAUGUCUUUCGACUCGCGUCGCUGCAGUGGACACGAGUCGGCACCGUCGAUGUCGCUGUCUCUGCUGCAGACGACUUUUUCUUGGGCUGUAGUAAUAAUCAGCUCGGUGAUCCAAACGAGCCGCUGCCUCAUAACACUGCUACCUCGACCGGUCGAAUCAUCGCAGAGCAUAUUCAGGCCCUCCUGACCCCGCCGGACAAUGUCCAGGCAAUCGGCGGGCUGGGUAGUCUGGUAAAGAGCAGAUUGACUAAGGCGUUCGAAAUGCCUGCCCUGGAGGGCAAUGACAUGCUCACCUAUGUCAUUACUGGCUUGCUCGCAUCCGGCAUGACGGCUGACUUGGAGCUUGGAACCCUCGACACGGCUCAGUCGACAGCGAUAAUCGAUUUUGUCCGCUACGAGACGCGGUUUGGCGUGAAGGGAAGUCCCUGGGUGUUAGCGUCGCUGGCGAUCCCGGCCUCGUCCACCCUUCUUUUGUUCAUUUUCUUGGCUCGCAUUGGGCGCAAGAACUCCGAUUUUCCGGCCGACAACCUCUUUGAGCUGUCGCUAUUAACCUCGAUACCUCGCCAAUCAGUGACACAGGAAGAAGAACGUCUAGCUUGGAGGAAUAACGAGCUAGUGUGCGGUAUUUCGAACUCUCCAACGGCAUGA